AGCACGGAGCGGUAAAAAUCCUCCUGAUUCAUUUGUGGAAAUGCUAGCCAGCUGUAAUUUGGCAUAGCAGGAAACGUCCAACGGCAAAUUACACGGGGAAACAUGCCUCCCCCUUUGUGUGAUUAGACGUCUGUACGGCCGCUACAUAUUCAUACCUCUGUCGACAAACACAACUUAGCAUAUUUUAUUAAUAAACACCAAGCCGCGUGCGUGUGUGACACAUUUCUGUUCUUUCAUCAAGAGCCGCGGUCAGGUUGAAAUGGCGAGCGAGCCAAGCUAGCGUUAGCUUCGAAUGCUAAGCGCUACGCUUUGUGUUGACGGCAAACGGUGUGCGGUGCUUUUUGAACCAGUUUUGCAUAUUCAUUUUUUUUGUUUGUUUGCAAGGCGAGCCUCGGUCUACGCUGCGUCUUUUGUUACGAGUUGAAGUAAAUCAACUAUACAAUAUCUUUGUGUUGUUACGCGUUUAGUACGUGGUCACUUUCGGUGGGUAUUUUUUUUUUUUGCCUUUUUCCCCCCAUCACCCUUUUGUGGUCGGUGCAGUGUGUGGAGCUACAGUAGCCUGUUGUGUUAUUCAUGCGGUGCCUGCUCGACUCCGCACUCCGGCUUCAUCGAGCGGUCGACCGCGAAAUGGGCUCUGCGUGUGUUUAAAACGCCGGUUCUUGUUUAGCGGACAAAGUAAACACCGUUGGUAUCCGAUAAUUGAUAGUUCCGUUGUUUGGUUCACUUUUUGAUCAGUUGACGCUUCACCUUGCUUCUGGUCCGUUUUCAAAGGGACUACAACAGACUUUUUUUGGUGGCACCUUUUGCUCAGGUACAAAGAUACUACCUGUACCCCUCCUCCUCCUUUUACCCCCCUUCUCCUUUUACUCCCCACCCUGGGGCAGUAGUGAGGCCCACUUCCCGGAAAGGCACAAUAAUAACAGUCAGCCAGGGCAUUCUUAACUGUUCACUGGAGCUUUCAUGACUGGGCAAGACACAGCUUGAUGCCACUGUGUUUUUCUGUUGUUUCUUUAAAGGGGGAAUCGUUCUAUUUAACACGUUAAGACCUCAAACGCGAGUAUCAGGUUUCUCAACACGAGUACAAAAGGUGAUGGUUUUGUAAUCCAGGGGCCGGGGGCCGCAAAAAGAAACCAACCGCAAGAACAUGGUGCCAUUGGAUACAAUGGCCAAAUUGAUAGAAUUCCCCAGAUAAUGAACAGUUGUUAUGCAGUUAAUUUUCUUUUAAAAAGUUUGAGAUACGAGUGCUGUGGCAGUGAACUCACUUUUCAAGAAACUGGCUUAGAAGAAAAAGGCUGAAAAGAGGCUUCAAACCAUUUAUUGCCUCAUCUUGUGGAAGUUUACGGUCUAACUCAGUGUGUCAAACUCAUUUUUUUUGCGGGUCGCCUUGUAGUCAUCGCUUCUUUUGGAGGGCCAUUAUGACUGUCAACCCAAGUAAAUGUAUGAGCACCUCAUAUUAUAUACAGUAAAAGCUUCAAAACAAACUGACAAAUGACUCGUUUUCAAAUCAGACGAGUAAACACUGGUCAAAUAUUAAGAAAAAAAAGACAAUUUGCAAUUCCAGUAAUGACACACAAAUUUGAUGCACAAUUUGUCUUUGCAGGCCACAUAAAAUGAUGCGGCGGGCCGUAUCUGGCCCCCGGGCCUCGAGUUUGACACCAGUUGUCUAACUGGACAUAUAACAAAGAUUUAUAACAACCACUUAACUUUUGGAGAAGUGUUAAAAAGUGAUUAGACAUGGAUUACAGUAGCUGUACAUAUCUGGCCUGUCGUGGUUUUCUAAAAAUAUCUAUACUUUUUAUAUCAAAGUCAAAGUACGCUUUAUUGUCAAUCUCUUCACAUGUCCAAGACGCACGAAGAAACCGAAAUUACGUUUCCUCUAUCCCACGGUGACGACACAUAGUACACGAUAGACGUACAAGUAAACGACACAAAAUAAAAACAAGAAGGCAUAAAUAAUAAGAGUGAUGAAUAAAUAAUAAAUAAACAAAUAACACAAUAAAUGACACAGGCAAAAGAACAGGACGCUACGCAGAAAGGGGGAGAGAGUUCAAGAUCCUAACAGCCUGGAAUAUGAAGCUGUUGGUGAGUCUGGUGGUGCGGAAGCGCAGGCUCCCGUACCUCUUCCCAGAGGGCAGAAGAUCGAACAAAGAGCGAGCGGGGUGACUCGCGUCACAUAUGGGUGUACCUAAAGUUCGUAAGUCAUAACAAUUUUGUUACCGUUGAAAAAAAAAGAGGCUGUGCUGAAAUAGAUGCAAUGAUGCCUGUAUGUACGUACUUUUUUUUGCAUGCCUUCCCCACCCCUGGUUAUGUGCGUGGGAGCGUUUGUGUGCAUGUGUGUGCGCGUGCACACUGCAUUCAGGCAGGAAAAAUAUGCAGUGUGUUUGCAAGUCAAAGCAGGGUAUUGAAAGGAGCUUGUGUCUCCUCCUAGCUCACUGUAUUUUGCUGUUUGAAUUUGGAUUGUUCCACUAUGAUGUUAUUCAAAUUUACAAAGAGCCAAAGUAGUUGUGGUGGCAGAGCUCAAUAUUUUGGAGUGCAGAUUUACCUAUUUUUUUUUUUUAAACCAAAAUACAUUUUAAGUAUCAAUACAACAAAUGGAAGCUUAUGUUCAUUCCUUCAUUAAAUUGAGGCGGCUUUAAUUCUCUUGUCGCAGUCUUGGUAUGUUGACGGGGUUCUUUAUUCAGAAAGAAAUAUGGCAAAAAGCCAAACGUACAAUCAUUUGAUGGUGGCCUAAUCAGGUCUAGUGAGCUGCAUUGGCAGCUUACGAGCGAUGGUGACAUCACGCAUAUCGCGCCGGUUUCAUUAAAGAGGAAGUCGAACUGAAUUUAUCUGUAAUAAGUUCUGUGCAGGGGAGGCACCAACGUGUGAACACGCCCGCCUCUGAGGUCGCGGGUUCGAUUCCACCUCCAGCCCUCCCUGUGUGGCGUUUGCAUGGCCACCCCGUGCCUGCGUGGGUUUUCUCCGGGUGCUCCAGUUUCCUCCCUCAUCCCAAAAACAUGCUUCUUAGGCUGAUUGAGCAUGCCAAAUUGCCUGGAGGUGCGAGUGCAAAUGGGUCGUUCGUCUCUGUGUGCCCUGCACAAUCCACCUUCUGCCCGAUGACUGCUGGGAUACCACGUGAUCUCUGUGGGGACAACCGGUCUGCAGAAUGGAUGGAUGGAUGUUCUGUGCAGCCCAUCUAGUCGAAACACAGUGUUCUGAUGAUUGUUUUUUUCUGUGGAAUAUGAGUUAAACGGGCAAAAUCCACCUGUUUUUAUCAGCCACGACGCCCCGGUUAUCUGACGCUGAGCUGUGAUUGGUUGUGGCCUGAUGUUAUUUUCAAUCAACACCAAGUGGCAAAAUGGCCGCCCUGUGAGAUCGAUCAAAACAGGUGGAUUGAGCUGCUUAACACCUAUUCCACAAAUGCAUUAUUAAUCAGAAAGCAAAGUUUAGACGAGUGGGCGCAACACAACUUAUUGUAAAGAAAUUCUCGGGAUCGACCUCCCCUUUAACGGCACAUGCAUCCUGUAAUGCCGAGUGGAACUUUGUGGGCCUGUGAGGUACCCCUGAACUCGAUUCUGACUAAUUCUAUUGUCUCGUGAAAUCAUAUGCACCCUAAAAAAGUACAAGUGACUUAUUAAACAUCCUGAAUAUUUACAUCAGAUAAGAAAUCCAUUUGCAACCUCCCCCCCCCCCCAUUUAAUCAGUUCUACAGUUCGCCCUGAUUCCAGCCUUGUAGUUGUGUCAUGAAUAUUCAUUAAUGUAAACAAGAGUGUUAUGAAUAAUGCAUCAGCGGCGGUAAUAAAUUCAGAACAUGCCUUCCCGAAGGUACCGAGAAAGCUCCAGUCGCGCAAGCUUCUCCGCCACAGAGGACAAAAUUGUAAUGAAUCACACUUGUGUGCUUGUGCACUGAACAGAUAACACCUUGUUAUGCUUAUCUGAGUCUCGUUUAUGUGCCAAUAAGACGAGGUAGUGCUUCACACUACCAGUUAAACGCAACCUAUUUUGAAUUUCAGAUCAUUGAUUUGGAAAUUAGGCCAUUUCUUGAAUCGGCAGUCACCAGAACAUAUGCACGACUAACUCUGAAUUACCUUUUCAAUGGUCGUCAUCAAAUUAUUCCUCCUUGCCCAUCAGUCGUUCCUUGCUGGUAGUUACUCACUGUUUUUUUUUUUUGCCAGUUUGGAAACUGGAGUACCCAGGGAAAACCCACACAAGAACGAUGAGAGCAUGCAAACUCCAUACUGGAAGCCCCACGGUCCAGAUUUGAAUGCUCAACUGCUUUAAGCUUAAAAGUUGCCGAUUUAUAUUAUUCAGCACGUCCGCUCACUGCUCAGACGCGUUAUCUUGACGUGGUCCUCGUGAAUGAUGGAAAUUGUAGGUGCUCGGGGAGAAUGUGGAUGUGCUAAUUAGGUUUGGUCUCCGUUUCCCGCUGAAUCUCUCCACUCACAUUAACCGCUGACAGCCUUUGUCGUAUAACUGUGCUAAUGAAAGAGCCAUUUUAAAAUUCUCUGCGCAAGAGUAAUUGUCUCGUGCAUUGUCCUGCAGCAGUCUUCUUCUUUCUCACAUUGACCAGUCAAAUAACCGUGUGCAUCGAGCUUUUGUUUUUUUUGUUAUCUCAUCACUUGUCACAUGAUGAGAACAUCACAUGAUUCUAAAAUUGAUCUUAAGUUAAUUAUAUCGUACUCGCGUAUUGUUUGACGCCAAAACUAAAUUCAAAGCGCCUUUAAAAAGGGAAGACUAUCGAAAUGUAAAAGCUAAUUUAAAUAUGCUAAUCCCCCCCCCUCACAGGCAUUUCAUAAACACCGACAGCAAUCGCAAUCUUCCUGCCACCCACUUGCUGUGGAAUGCUUGAGCCACAGGGGGUCCUAUAAGUAAUGACAUGCCUGUGUUGUAUUAAUGUGGAAUUAUUUCUUUCCAAUUGACUGCGUAGCAUCACAUCCCAGCGGCCAUCCUCAUAACACCGCCUAUCCCGGCCGGGGGUCCGUGAAUUCUAUGGAUUCUCAGUAGCCACCCUUCCAUUAAUAGUCUGCCAACAGUCCCUUACACUACUGUCUGGGAUAGCUCCGGCUUUUACCUGCUAACUUAAUUAAUUUUUAGCUAUACGCUCCCCUUCCCUCCGCAGCUCCUUACUGUCCUUCUUAUUCCCUGUCCCCCCCCCCUAUCGUCCUCCAGAAGACAUCCAAUUAAUAUGCUAAUGAAGUGAUAAAUAUUUAUAGGGACCUUUAAAUUAUGCAGAAAGCUUUCAUUUCGUCCCGGUGCGAAAUGCGUCACUCGCAGGACUUCAAAGUCUUGCAUUGCUAACGAGGCGGCGGAAGAUUUGCAUACGGCUUUAAUCAGCUGAAUACUGAUUAUGCAUCAUUAUAAGAGUUGGAAGAAGCGGCUGCAGCGAGGGUGGAGUGUGCCAGCUGCAUUUGUCAUUUGUUUCAUUCCAGCAAGAGAGGAGAAACUUUUUUUCCCCCACAAGUACCCUGGAAAUUCCAACGUCGAACAUAUAGUUGUUUUAAAUUAAAAAAAAAAAAAAAUCCAAACACGAGCUAUUAUACAUCAAAGCCAUAAUCACCGCUGUUCUCAUCAUGACACAUUUAAUUCCACAGGUAAUCCUUAAACUGGCAUGUAGUAUUUACAAAUGAAUGUAUAGUUGUAUGUAGGGAAACUUUACAGAUUUUGAAUUUGGUCCACACAAAAGGCGCACGUUAUUAAAAAGUGCACCUUAUUAAAAGGUGCACCUUUUUGUUUUUUUGAGUAAAUGAAAGGCUUUUAAGUGCACCUUAUAAUGCGGAAAAUACGGUACUGUACUUGUUCAGUGCUAGUUGACUUAAAAAGCACCAAAGCGAUCACCUCUAGUCGUGGGCGUCCGCUGACCGGCUAGCUUGACGUCAUGUGUACAUGUUCCCGUGUUCUCAUCUUCCAAGCUCUUCCACCAUCACUGUCCAGUAAUCACAGUCAUUUUACCGAACUUUAAAGCAAGCCACAACUUGGCUCCGUUUUUAAUAUUGCUGGAUGUUGCUCCAACAGCAACAAAUGCAUAUGUGGUGACCAUAGAAGUGCACAAACAUUGGUUCCUGGUUUGGCAAGAUAUACUUUUAAAAUGAUUAUAGUUUUAAGGCCGAAUUGUUUGUCGCCAGCCCUAAUUCAAUGGUUAUCAUCACUCCCAUAUUUACUCUUUGCGAUCGCAUACGGUGGUAUAAUAAAAAAAAAAAAGCCAGAGAUUUUUCGGGUGUGUGACGUAGGAACUAUAGCAACUGAUCGAGCCAGAGAGAGAGAGAGAGAGGGGAGGCAGAGCCAAGAGAAAAGAAGAUCGAGGGAAGGGAGGGAGGACUGUUUGCUUAAACCCUGUUAAUGUUGUCCAUGCGCGUAUCCCAGUGUUACUCAGUGAAGCGCUACUGCUACUAUUGACCGCUGCGAGCGGGCCACUGAAGAGCGAGAGGGGAAGGGACAGUGGGAGGGAGGAGCAUCGCGCUGGACGCAGUCAGUGGCCAAGGGGUUAACCCAACAGGGGUCCUUUUUUUCCCCCCUCGAUAGUCUCUGCAACCAUGCUGGAAACCACAGGUGGACCUUACAUUGAUGUUAAAGUGAAUAAUCAGACGGAAACGACUAAAUGUGCAAUGGAAAGUGGUGACAGGAACACUGCCAAUGCAUACGUGAACUCGCCAGAUGGGCGAUUGACUGCGUUUGCAUUUGCAGGGAUCCCGAUCAACGGGUUGGAUUUUCAGAGGCCGACCGUGCCAACCACAAGUGCAAUCACCAAUGCGCACGCACAAGCCCUCCUCCAACAGCUAACUCUGAGCCCGGCCCAGCAGCAGCUGUUGCUCCACCAGGCCCAGGCUCAACUCCUGGCUGCAGCUGUGCAGCAUUCAGCCAACCAGCAGAACGGCACCACUGGGGCCAGUAUCUCGGCUUCUGCAGCCACGCCCAUCACCCAGCUACCCUUGUCGCAGCCCAUACAGAUCUCUCCUCUGCAACAGCAGAAUUUAAGUCUGCCCCAGUUUGUGUUGGUGCAGCCUGGCCACUCGAUCGCCACUCAGAUGCAGCCCACUCAGUUCUUCAUCGCACAGACACCGCAGGCCCAGCAGAGCAUAUUGCAAGCGCAGAGUCUUCUCACUCAACUACCUCAAAGCCAAGCUAACCCCCUGCCGACUCAACCGAGCAUCACCCUUGCAACACAGCCUGCGACUCCUACACGUACCACGGCAGCCACGCCCAUGUCGCUGCCCCACAGUCGUACGCCGCCUAAACAGCUGGACACGCCCACUCUGGAGGAGCCAAGUGAUCUUGAGGAGCUGGAGCAGUUUGCCAAAACAUUCAAGCAGAGGCGGAUCAAACUGGGUUUUACACAGGGGGAUGUUGGCCUGGCCAUGGGUAAGCUGUACGGAAACGACUUCAGCCAAACGACCAUCUCUCGCUUCGAGGCCUUGAAUCUGAGCUUUAAGAACAUGUGCAAGCUCAAGCCACUCCUGGAGAAGUGGCUUAACGAUGCAGUUUGUGCAGAGAAUCUGACAUCUGACCAGGGGCUGUCCACCCCCAGUGCCCUCGGCUCCCCUGGCAUGGGCAUUGAGGGGAUCAACCGCAGACGGAAGAAGAGGACGAGUAUUGAAACCAACAUCCGAGUGGCCUUAGAAAAGAGCUUUCUGGAGCAGAACCAAAAACCUACCUCCGAAGAGAUCACCAUGAUAGCCGAUCAGCUCAACAUGGAAAAAGAGGUGAUCCGGGUCUGGUUCUGCAAUCGCCGUCAAAAAGAGAAAAGGAUCAAUCCCCCGAGCACAGGCGGCGUUGGUAGCACCCCCAUCAAAACCAUCUACACACCCAGUAGCCCUAUGGUGGCCAGCACAGCAAACUUGGUGAACAGUCCGACUAUAAACACACCCACCACACUGACUGUAAAUCCAGUGAUGCCUCUCACCAGCAGCACCAGUGUCUCCAAUUUAUCCUUCACAGGCACAACAGUUGGAGCCACAAAUACUGCAUCGGUCAUCACCACCCCUGUGAUUACCACAGUCACCAGCUCCCCGUCUCUAAGCCCGUCCCCGACGUCUGCUCAGUCCAGCACCACAGAGCAUAAAGUCAGUACUCAGGCCCAGGCCAUCUUCACCCAAGCCCCAACGUCCAUAGCCACCACCCUCGGGACGGGCCAGGUGAUGGUGGCCGCUCCGGGCCUGUCUACAGCGUUUCACGGUGCUGCCCAAUUGCCCACCAGUGCAAGCUUUGCAGCCAUGGCUGCUGCAGCGGGGCUGAAUCCGGGAUUAAUAGGCUCCUCCUCAUUUGCUUCAGGUGGGGCUGUGCUCAGUCUGACUCCCGGUGGCCUUGGCAGUGCCCUGAGUCCUGCUGUCAUGAACAACAGCAUGCUGGCAACCAUUCAAGCCCUGGCGUCAAGCGGCACAAUCCCAAUAACGACAUUAGACGGCAGCAACUUGUUGUUUGCCAACACAUCGGGCGGCAACGGGCACAACCUGGUCACCACGCCGCUCUUCCUCAACCCCCAGAACCUAUCGCUGCUCACCAGCAACCCUGUCAGCUUGGUAUCCACUGGGGCGGGCGGGCUGCAGGUUACCGCCGACGCCCAUCACCAGGUCUCCACGGCCGCCGUGCCUGUGCAAGCCACGACCAUUACCACUGCCUCCAAAGCGCAGUGAGUCUGGCUGCGCUCCGGGAAUGAACGCCCUGUUUCCUGAGCCCUCGCUGCUCACCUCACGCACGGACGGGGCAGGAAAUAGGCAAGGUCCUUUUGAUUUAUGGCUCUGCGUUUCGAAUACAUCCACUCCAUUCUUUUAUCGAAUCGUUUUGCUUUUAACAACCAAAGCAACCGCACAGAGUUGUGCUUGACCUUUAUUUUUCUCCUCCCGUGUUCUCCUCUUAAUCUUUUUAUGAUCUUUGGACCCAGUAGCCGAGUGGAGAAUGGCUUCUCGAACCGGGAAGAUCCUUUCCCUACGAUACGAUAAAACUCCUCCCAUUUUGUACAUACGUCCUUCUAUUUCAAGCAAACUCACUUAACAUCUUUUCUGAACGACUUUUAAAGAAAAAAAAAAAAUUAGGAUUUGACUCUAAACCUAAUACUGACCUCAUAUACUUUAUCACUAACGGGGUAUCAACUUUUAAGUUUUCCGGGAACAGGCCUUGACACGAGUCAUAUCAGUUUUGUUUUCAUCGUUUUUCUUAAUGUAUUUAAUUGAAAUUGCUUUUCUACGUUUUCCCAACUUUGCAAGUGUAAUAAGUUAAGAUUUAAGUAUCGCUUUUUUUUCCUUCUUCUUUUUUCUAAAGAGGUUGUAAGGCUUUAAAAACAAGUAAUAAGUGGCCGAUAUAAAGGUUAUCAUUGCUUUAAGCAGCGCAGGGACCUGUCAAGUCUCUCCGAGUUUCUCUUUCUGGAAACACUGACUUUGAAGAGCCUCCGAGCUUGUUAAAGAAGUUGUCGAUUGUAGACACUGAUGGAAAAUGACUGAAAUCUUUCCACAGCUUUAAAAACACACGGAGGGAAGCAGUGGUUAAAGACGGCAGGCAGACGUCUACGUGUGUUGUGUAAAGCUCAGCGUGACACUGAGACUUGAGUAACCAAAUGAUCCACAAGGCUCAGCGGUUUGAGCUAAGAUCACCUGUCAGGGGGUGUGGUCAUCACACUUAAAUGUAUGGUGAUGUUGACUAAAAAAAAAAAAAGUUUUUUUUUUUUUACCUUUCUUUGUAAUGGUAGUACCGUCGUAUCUACUUGUGCACAGUAUCUGUACCAAAAAAACUGGAUUGAUGAGCUGUUGUGAGAGAAAUGAUCUUUUCUGUUCCCUUUCGUCCGCGGUUUAUCGAGUGGCUGCGUCUUUUAAGAUAUACCAAAAAUAUUUGUUUAAAUAAUUGUAGUCGAUGUCGUCUAGUCCAUAUAUUUAUGAACAGAAUCUCUUUUCAUUUUGUCAGCGGAAUAUAAAAAUGCAAUAUUUUGAUCAUUUUCCAAAGAUUAUCUUUUUUUUUUUUUUUUUUAAUCUAAAAAGUCUUUCAUAGAUUAUAAUUGGCAGCACAAUUGACCAAAAAAACAAAGGAAGGGCUGGGUUGGAGCAUGACAAGCUCGUUUCCUAUUUUUAUUUCUUUGAGCCUCACCCUGACAUUUGGUCCCAGGGCCAUUUGAUGGCUCUCUUGUAAAACUUUUAGUAGCAGCUUUUGGGUGUCUGUGAAGCAGGAAAAACUCCUUUUGAGGGGGUCGUACUAAUAUUUCAGCCAUAUAACAACAGCUUCAACCAAAGUGGUUUUCCUUAAUGGCAGCCGUGCCUGUCUGAGCACUGUGGUUGCUGUUCACAAAUGUCACCACCCGCUUUUCUUCAUCUAGUGCAGUUGGAGAAGGAUGCAUGAAAUGCCAGCUUUAACAGCCCGCUCCACAAUGUUUUCUUGUUAGCUUUACUCGGACAUUAUGUGAAUAGCAGGCUUUGGGAUCUGGGAGGUUAUACUAGGGACGAGCAUUUGAAUUGAUUGUGAAUUUGGUGAUUGGAAGCAAUUGACAUUGAAUGUCCUGCUGGGGGAUUCAUUCUCAAGUAGUUUGCUGUCGAAAAACACAUACAUCCAGGCUAUGGGGGGGAAAAAAAAGAUUUCAUAACAUACCGAAUUUUUUUGUUGCAUGCCUGGUCUGAUUUAAGUGCUCGCUGAGCCUGCAGAUGUGAUUGUAUGUAUCUUAAAAUGUUGGGCAUUAUUCAAAGCUGCAGAUGAGAGAAAGUUUUCGAAAAGACACAGAGAACUGUGAGACCUCCGCCACAUGCAAUGGCGCCAAGAAGAAAGAGGCUACCUGAUACACUGAGUUCCUGGAGAUUUGAAUAAUGCCCAAUAUUUUAAGAUACAGUCAUAUCUGCACUUAUAUCAGACAGGAAGGAUUUAAUGAUCACAGCAUAAGUGACUAAUAAGACAAUUUGGUUUGUUUGGAAUCGGUGUUGAUUUAAUAGUGCCCUGAAACAAUUGGGGCAAAUUGGCAUAGGUGCCAUUGAUUCAAUCUCGUUCGCUCCUCUAAACAAGAGUUCAAAACAUUUACAAAUAAUUUCCCAUUCCGAAAAAAAAAAAGCGAUUGUAGUUUCUUCAUACCUGAUCAGGUACAUACAGUACAUUUUGUAAAAUGCUUAUCCGUAGAUUUAACAAUGGGUGAGCCAACAGGCUCCACUCGUGAAGUCAUUCAGAAAAAAAAUCAUUCCGAGCUAAUUUCGUCAAACGUCCAGCCGUAGUCAACACGUACUGUUGAUUCGAUCAUCACUACCAAUCGAACCAGCAUUGCCGUACCCCCAAAGCUUUCUCAAAGAAGUGUGCUUGGCUACUCUGCAGCUUUUUGGCUGAGUACUGUUACGUGCCACAUCUUCAACUAAACCCCAUCCAAUGGUGUCACUGUUCCGCUGCACGUGACUCACAAAAUAGCGAGUGAUUAGAAAAUCACUUAAGGCAGCGAGAUAUCCUCUUUUCCCUCAACCAAUUUUGACUGAAUAUACCUCAGCAGCACUUAAACGAAAGCUUCACCUUUUUCGACAUUUCUGACGUGUAGAACAGUGUGGAAUGUAUAAGUAACGUUAGGCUCGCCAUUCUCACGUUAUACCGCUACAUAGGGAACCGUACACGAUAGGACAACUACUGCUUUUUCUAGUACUACUAUUUAAUUUUUUCUCUUCGCUGGUUUCAUGGUGAUUGACGAAGAGAUCCUUCUUGCCAAAGUAAAUAGCCUUUCUCUUUGCAGCUUAGUCGGCGGCAUAUGGCUGCUCGCGUCUUUGAGGCCGCCACGCCACGCACCGAUGGAGGUUAGUUCGAUUCCGCUGCCGUGUGUAGUCACGUGACAUCCAAACGCAUUUGCGGGACAAAGCGGAUGCCAUCGGUGCCGUAGGAUCUUACUGCUAUAUUUAUGAGGAAAGACCUAAGAAUCAGAGAAAUCCUUUUUUCCUAAUUCUAUACAUAUAAAUAUAUAUAAACACGUGUAAGAUAUUCAUAUUUUAUAUUUGAACCAGUUACUCAGACUGAAUGUAGUGUUUAUGACCCCUCAAAUAUUGCCCCCCCCCCCCCAAUCUUUUUUUUUUUUUUUUUUUUAAACUGUCGAGACCAAAAAAUAAAUAAAAAUACACUGCAGUGGGUGCACCAGUCAAUGACGUGACAAUGUCUGUCCGCUGAGAGGAGGUGCUUUGACGCACAGGUUAUCUGGCUGGUAGAGCAGAGACUCUGAAGUUUAUUUAAAAAAAAAAAAGAUAUAUUCAUGUUUUUAGUUGGGUCAUUUUGGACUUGCUGUGCUGUUUUGAACAAUCAUUUGUUUCAUUUGUGUUACUUCAUGCCUUUAACUGAUUUGUAUAGUUUGAGAGGGCACCAUCACUGGCUUUCUUAGUUUGACGAAGACGAUAAAUGUUAUCAUUUAUGCCUUACUGUUACAUAGAUGACAUGAUUGCAUUGUAGCACGUGUGUGUGUGUGUGUGUCGGUCUGAGCUUAGUGUCGCCCGGGCAUUUGGAGUGCGAGAUGCUUACAUUUCAUCCUAUGUAUUUUAGGUGUGACUCAGACAAUGCCUGUAAGAAAAGCUUUACUAAUAAUUCCAACAGGCAGGCGUGCGGUAUGAACGAAUGAAUAUUGCAGAGUGUAAAAAUGCAGUCUGCAAACAAUUGUGCUUUUUUUUUUUUUUUUUCUCACCAUUGAUUUGCAUAUGGAGUAGGGAUGGGCAUAACAAUAUUCUGGAUUGGGCAACUGGAUUGUGUUGAGUUUGUCUGGGAAUUUGUGCCACCUUGUGGUUACUUGUUAUAUGUUACAAACGAUUAAAAAACAGAGUUCGUGGAGAUUUGAAUAAUGCCUAACAUUUCAAGAUACAAUAUCGGCAGGCUCAGUGAACACUUAAAUUUAAAAAAAUUAAAAAAAGAAUAGGGGGUUAAACGCUUAUCCCUAGAUGUAACAAUUUCUUUCAGUCUAAAUAAUGUUGGGAAAACAUUCAAUGAAGCGUUUGUCAUUUUUGAUAUAUUUGAUCAAGGAAAAGUCAAAUGCCCAUCCCUAGGUUCACUUGUUGGUGAUGAACGCUGUUUGUGGUUUAACACUUGCACUAGUUUGUCGACCUGGCUUUGCUUAACGCUUCAUUUGACUACAUUUUGCUGUUUUUUUGUUUUUUUUUUGUAAACGCUGACAGAUGAAGCGUGGGUGCACCAGUAUACCUCAUUUCUAACUCAAAACUGAGUGAAACCUGUUUGAACCUACUUAAUAAGAAAAUGUUUGAAAACAAAUGAACGUGUCGUCGUAGAAACCCGCGCGUAUUCUUGAUGUGAAGCGUCCGCCGCCACCAGGGGUCCACACGAUGAAUGUUUUGCUUUCUUUAACAAUGUCUAUUGCAUACUUUUCCUUUUUUUGAACGACUCGCCCCUUUUAAGUUUGACAAUCCUUUUGUUCUAGCUCUAACCCGGUGUGUAGACUGUAUCACCCCCCUCUCUGGCGCCAUCUCGUGGUAACAACAUUAACCAAAGACUAAAAAGUGAUUGUGCAUGAAUGCGCCCCAACCUUCUGCCUCGCUGCUCCUCAUCGAGCACUCACCCACUCGUGUUCGGGUUGCGUUAGCUUUGACUGCGCGCGAAUGUCUUCGCCACGGUCGGUGCUGCUGUUUUCAGUGCCUGUGGGUGGGCAAGGGGUACCCAGAGAGGGGCAGGAGGGGGCGGGGGUCUUUGAUGGACACUUGUUUGUGGAAGCUGGGUGAUGUUUGUUAAUACACGCUGAGGGUUAAUCCUGCGCACACUGCACAUGCUCAGAACUCUCCGUCUGUCGCUAGAAUUCACCUGUCUUUCUCUCAAGGACUUGGGUUAAAAGAAAAAAGACUUUGGUUUAAAAAAAAAAAAAAAAUAAAUAAAAAAAUAAAAUUGGGGUCCUCCCCAGGGCAUACAGUUUUGGAGUCACAUAUCCCAAAGCCACUAGAGUUCACUGCUGUAAAGACACAUCUCACCUUCCUUCCUUCCUCCCUCCUUCACUUACUCACUACAGACUGAUCAACUGUGACACUAUGCAUCCCCUGGUGGGGCAUUCGGUGACACUCUGCUCAAUGCUUUACUCCCGAGUGAGGCGUCGGGAAUCCUCACAAGCGCUAUCUAUUCCAAAGCAAAAUUCCAAAUGUUUUAAACGUGUGUGUGUGUGUGUGUGUGUGUGGGCGCGCGUGUGUGCAUGUGUGUGUAUACAAAACUCAAAUACCAAAGAUAUCUCUGUCAACUGUCUCUCUCUUCCUAACCGCCCUGCAGCAUGUGUAUUAAGCGACAAACCCAGCACUGGCUUUUGAGUCCAAGCCUCAGUAAUUCCAAAGCUUAGAUGUAUAUUUUGAUAUAUUUCUGUCAAGAGGAAAAAAAAAAAAAAAAAGUUUGUGGAAUAAUAGUGUGUAUCUUGUUUGUUGUCAUUUUUAUUUCUCUCUGUCGCAGCAUGGAACUAAUUGCAGAACCGUCUUACUAGGUUGAAGACAUUGUAUUUUUGUAUGUUUUUGAGCGUGUUGUGUGAUAUCAACCCAAGUGACCAUGGCUUUUAUCGAGAUAGAUAAAAUACAGUACAAUUGACAAAUGAUGAGAAAAAAAAAAUGUACAUGUUCUGUCUAUCUUCAGAAAGGCAUUUUGUAAAACUACUCAAAGUGGACUCUUGGAUUCCCCCCCUUCCCCUGUUUUUUUUUUUCUUUCCUUAUUCUGCAGUCUAAUCUUUCUAACAGAACUCUUGAUGUAAAGAGUUACCAUCUUGGACUAAAAACACUGAGGGACACUGUUCCCAAAAAUGAAAAUGCAACAAAAAAAAUUAAAUAAAACACAGCGAAAAGAAAAAAAAAAAACCCACCUCCAGUCAUGGUGGCGUGGAACUGAAAGACUGUAGGAGUUUGAAGUAUGUGAAUCAGGAUGCAUAGUAGAUUUUGAUGCGUUUGUCUGCUGUAUUUUUCUUUUUUUUUUUUUUUUACACAUAUACGUACAAUAAUCUUUUACUGUAAGUGUACAGUUCUCUUUUGUUGUAAACAUCAUUAAACCAUUUUCAAGUGUUUGA